UUUGUUUUUUCUUCUUGUUUCGAACCGUGAUCGCUGCGGUGUUGUAUUAUUUUGAUUGUUAGUAAAAUCGGAAACUUUUCUCCUAUUGCUGCUGGUUUACCCCGAUUUGGAACGGCGAGAGACACUUUUCGGCUGCCUAUUGCUGGAAAAGCUGGGAUUAAGUGUGUUGGCGAAAUUUUAAACAGCUUAUCGUGUCGAGAUUAGUUCGUGAAAGUGCUCUAGAACGAAUGAUAACACAUUCAGAAGCUAGAUUACAUUGGGAGGCAGUGACAGAGGCACUAGUGGAACGAGGGUGAGACCGCUUCCACGAUAAGAAAAUUUUGAGUUGAAACAGUUCUUUUCAUUUUUUGUCUGGAUAAUGGCGAUAAUGUGAAGUUAUAGAAAAUUAUAUGUGCCGAAUGCUGAUGCAAAAUUGCAGAUUUGAGUGAAUAACGAAAACGGAAAUGUAAUUGCAAGUUUUCCUCUGUGGAGAUAGUAUCGUGAGUUGAGUGCGUAGUGAAGAAAAAUAUGUGAGGUGCAGACAUGGAUAUAUUUUUCUCUUAGAAAAAUGGAAGUGUCAUCUGCUGGAUAACGCUUAUUUGUUGAAGCAGAAGUUGCGGUAGAUUACGUGACUAAUAUUUGACGCAUCUAUCAACAUUGUAUUGUGUUCGCAGCCUAUCGGAAAUCAACGGUGUGAAGUGUUUGGAAAUAGAGUGCGGGUUUACGUUUGAUAGAGUCCGGCACAAAUCCUUCGGAGGAAAAGAAAUACCAUCCAACCAGCGUUGGUGAGCCGGCAACAAACGAUCCCGCCCGCCCGAUCCCCGCGCUGGGAAUGGGGUCCGGACGGUAGUGUGCGAUGAGUGAUCGUUCCGGUAGUCGAUUAUCGGUUGCAGUUGGGCAAGUCCCGAUUUCGGCAGUGAAUGUAAUUGAGAGCUGAUAGCACGAUGAACGUAGGACAGCAUAGCGGUCCCGGACCGCCACUGAACCGUAGUGGUUGUUCGGAUCGCUCGGUUACCGGACCCUCCUGCCGGGCGCUGCGGACCGCAGUGUCCGCACUGUACUGCUUGGACGACUUCAUACGGGAGAAGAUCGGAUCGGGAUUUUUCUCCGAAGUUUACAAGGUGACGCACCGUACGACCGGUGACGUAAUGGUGCUGAAAAUGAACCAACUGCGAGCGAACAGACCCAACAUGCUGCGAGAGGUUCAACUGCUAAACAAACUGUCGCAUCCCAACAUACUAAGAUUCAUGGGCGUCUGUGUGCAGGAAGGUCAGCUGCACGCCCUCACCGAGUACAUCGAGGAUGGUUCGCUGGAGCAGCUAAUCGCGAACGGUGCCGUAUAUUUGUCGCCACUGCUGAAGAUACGGCUUGCGCUCGGAAUCGCCCGGGGGAUGCAGUACGUGCACGAUGUCGGUAUCUUUCAUCGGGAUCUGACGAGCAAGAACGUGCUGGUCAAGCGGACGGUGGACGGAAUGUACGAUGCGGUGGUCGGAGAUUUUGGACUGGCAGCCAAUAUCCCGCGGAAAUGUGGCAAACCACGACUGGACACAGUAGGCUCGCCCUACUGGAUGAGCCCCGAAUGCCUUAAAGGGCAAUGGUACGACCAGACCAGCGAUGUGUUUUCCUACGGGAUCAUCCUCUGCGAGCUGAUUGCUCGGGUUGAGGCUGAUCCUGACGUAAUGCCAAGGACUGAUUCGUUCGGGUUGGAUUACAUUGUGUUCGCAGAUCUUGCCCCGAACGACACGCCUCCGGCGUUUUUAAGACUGGCUUUUUUUUGUUGUACCUAUGAUCCAAAGAGUCGUCCCACGUUCACCGAAUGCAUUAAAAAGUGCACGCUGCUGUCGGACGUAUGUGAGGACAGUUACAGUCACCAGCAGCAGCAGCAACAACUUCACAGACAUACUAUAAGCAAUGGCAAUAACACAAAUACCGUCCUAUCCUCGCUCUCGCCGAGCGCCACAGCCAAUGGUUGCAAUCCACAAUGCCCAGUGGUGUCGCCAGCAUCAGUGACAUCUUCCUCGUCUGUACAUAAUAGCAGUAGCGUCAGCAUCGUCAAUGGCAAAUCUGCCGUCGGCAAGCGAAAUUCGAUAGAUGUGGCAAACCUUAGCCCCAGUAAUGAAACGAUUACCGCCGACAAAGAAAUUCUCAGUCGAGAGAACAGUUUGAACGGUGACCGAGAGACGGACAAUCCGAUGCAACAUCGAAGAUCUCUGUCGGAGAACGUAAUCGUCUUUCCGCCGCAUACGACACCCAGUGACAAGGCGCGUUACCACAUGCACCAACGGACAGCCGCUAGCAGCAAGCUGGCCGAAUCAGUUAUCCCCGAAUCGCCUACCUAUUCGAACCAGACCCUGCGGAAGGUUGCGGAAACGAUGCUACUCAAGGAUCCCCAAUACAAACCACGAUCCAGGACCGACCAGGGUGGUGCUCCGAAGGCGAAUCCUUUCGCAGCCUUGUCUCAGCUGAAGGGCGUCAAGAAAAUUCUCGGCCCGAACCCGGCGGUCACCACGUACAGCUCGGGAGACUUGUUCAGCUCGUGCUUCGAAAUGUCUGCCCCGUUGCUGCGCGAAUGGAACAUAGUACAAAACCGAACGGCCAAAAGUCGGGACAUGGGCGGCAGCGGUAGUAGCAGUACCGAAGGCCAGCCGAAGAGCCUACCCAGUUCUCCGACAUCACCGCGCAAAGAGUACUGUGACGACGAUGAGGACACUCCGGUCGCUAAGUUUAAGUCCAAAACUAAACCGGUGGAUUCCACGGAAAUAAACAACACGACAGAUGAAAAUUUCAACCAGACCGGCUAUGGUUUUGCCCGGAAAGUUUCCCUUGGCGGUUCGGGCAUUAAAAAGUAUCGCGCCAAUUUCACCGAACUCUCUAGUCAUCCGCUGUACAAAAGUGGGGCAAUCGAGACUGAAUCCGGAACUAGUAGCUGCAACGGUGAUGGCAGCAACCAAACGACGGUACCUGCUACAAAUGCCAACUCCAAUGCCAACACCGACAGUGGAACCGAAGAGGGUGGAAGCGAUACUAUUCCUACGACGGUCGGUGGCAGUGCGGGUGGGAUCAAAAAAUCAUCAUCGACCGUAAUCGGGGAUGGGAUUCUUGAAACGCCAAGAAUACUAACGAGAAGAGGAUCCACCGAGAGUGGAUUCUUUUCGUGUCUAAAUGAAGAUUUUAGCACGUACAAAUCACCACAAUGCAGUUGCUUGGAAAAGGCUAACUUCGAGUCCUCGGAAAGGCUGCCCGUUUGUCGGUGUGCCUACAGUGGGGGUGUCAAUCAUUUAGCCGCGAGAUUAGAGGACCUCGAACUGUCGUCCAAUCAGACGUUGAACGAUAGUUCUAGUGUUCUGCUGUAUGAUGAUUCAUCAACAAACGUGAGUUCACUACGGAGCAUGGACGAUCUCGAGCUGUCCGAUUCGAUCCGAAAGAAAUUCCACUAUCGACAUCACGUGCUGAGUAAUGUGGAUAUUGACGCAAGGUCCAUUGACAUGGGUCUAAUCAAUAGGCUUGCACUGGACUCGGAGAUCAACAGCAUGAUUCAAAAAAAUCAAUUCACGAACCAGUUGCUCUACUGCAAGAAUCGGUCGUCAUCCAUUUUUACCGAUAGCUCUGAUGAUAUCAGCUCGCUUGCUGGUUCGGAUUCUCUACUGUGGGAUGACCGCUCCUUCACGACAAUUCCAAACACGCGAUCUGCGCAGAUCGCCAAAAUAGUCGAGUAUUUCGAGCGCAAAGGUCAAACAUUCAAACCAUUCACCGUACCUGAUUCGGCCAUCGGUUUAUCGUCCGGUCAUUCCGGUUCGUCCGCCUCGUCGACAUCGUCGUCGGCUUCCGGAGUGCACCACCCGUACCAGUAUCACCAUCAUCCUCAUCUGCACCGAAGUACCAUUGGAAACGGAACCACUGAUCCGGUGACCGGAGCAGCGACCCGUCGAACUUCCAAUGGUUUUUGCAAGUUUUCCACCGCCGCGGAACUGCGCCAGCGAACGGAGUAUGAAGCCUUCUGUUUGGAUUUGGAGCGGAAACAAACUUCGGCAGCCACCUCCGGUGGCAACCAACAGCAACAGCAGUACUAUCAGCAACCACAGCAAACCGCUCACCAUCGUUUGAACAACAUUUGCGAAGGCAACGUUCGCUCGAAGCUGCAGUUAUUCGACAAAAUGAAGCAACAGAAUGGCAGCACCGUGGGCCAGAGCGCACCCGGUUCGUCCUCUUCGAACUCGGGCAGCUCGAGCAGCAUCAACGGUGGUGUAACGACGCCGGCCACUUCCAGUGGUUGCCAGUAGAGCGCUGAAUCGCUAAAACAAAAUUGUCAUCGCAAGCGUCGAAUAUGAAAUCCAACGGAAGAGUCGAAUUACUCCACCUAAUUUGAAUGUCGUAGGAGGAUUGGUUAUAGAAGCAUGGAUUGUAGUAACCAAUAAUCUCAGUUUCAGUUUUUUUCGGACUUUUCAAAAACUGAUUUCUAUUUUGGAUUUUUCAGAUUGAAUGAUUUAUUGCUUAAAAACGAAAACUUCGGCCUUUCAAAUUUCUGCUACUGGAAAGCAUAUUAAAAAUGGCUCCACCUGUCAGUGGAGAAAUUAGUUUUUCCAGAAGGUACUAUGCGCUGACGCCAAAUCACAUUAGAGUGGCCAGCUUACGCUGCGAUGGUAAUUACGUAUUACAUUUCAUUCUCCAAAUAAUAAAUUUCUGAAGUUACGUUCUGUCUUUCUGUGAACCAGUUUUUUUUAAAUUCUAAAAUCUUUUAAAUUCGCAUCUGCAAUCCAACACCAAUCCCCAGAAUUCUAGCAUUUGCCGUUGACACCUUUUAAAAGAGCGAUAAUGUGAGCACGCUAAAAAUAUUGAAGAAUCAUAAACGCUCAAAACAAGGAAUGAUACAUCACUGAUGAAGCUGUCAUUCUAUUAUCUCAAAGAGAAAGCUGCAUGAGCAAUAUGUUGUGUCAAAUCCAGAGAAAAUUAUUAAGUGUUACUGGCACCGUACGGAUUUCGGGUAGAAAACAAAAGAGAUUCGUGUACCCCAAAAUACGGCUGACUAACUUUAUUAUUCCACUGUAUUUUUGUGAAGUCCGAUGCUGCGCACAUGUUUGCGGUUUCAAUGUUACACACUAGCAAAGUUCCAUUAAUUCGCAAUAAACAACCGGUAGGAAAAUAAAAAGCAACAAUAGUCACGGAUUGACGAUGCCGAAAUCAACUAAACGAUCGGUAAACUGAACUCCAUUCAGCUGUAGGAACCAGAGGGCCUUAUCUUUUUUCAAGACAAACCGCAACUGAAUUGAGCUAUGCCUUGAUUACCUUGCUGAUCAGUGCAAACGCGGCGAUUAUCAAUCCACAAAAAUCAGUGCAUGUAAAUUGUAGAUAAAUAUACAUCGUUUGUAGAAAUUAGUACCUUUUGUUGGUUAAAAACUAUAUACACACAUUCACGAAUGGAUAGAAACAUUAUCACUCAAUUAUUAGAGUACGAUAUCAAGACAUAGAGAGGCGAAAAUGUUUGAUUCGACGUCCAUUUAGGAGUAAAACGUUUGUGGCAAAGCAGUAAUGCCUAGAGUUAAGAAAAUUGGUAUGAAACUAAAUGUAGUUCCAAUUGCCACGAUAGAGUAAAAUCCAAGUAAAUGCAACCAAUGCCAAAAUAUUCUUCCCAGCAGUAUCUACCUAUCAUACUACAUAUUUUUGUAUUGGACCAUCGAUCGUCUUCCUCCGUGUCCUUGUGGGCAGAAGCGUGCACAUCCACAUCAGCUACCUACUGACCUAUUACAACACGAAAACUUCCACAUUGAAUUGCCAACUAAGCAAAGGCUAAUCGUCACAGUUGCAAUAGCUUUAACAGUAUUUUACGUUCCUAUAUAUUUUACAGAAAUGCAAGCAAAUGGAAACGACUCACAAUUACACACAACAAACACACACAUGCAGCGAAAAGCACACUUUCACAACGAACUUUUUCAAAACCGCCGCAGCUUAGUAAAACGAAACGUUCAGUAUCUUAACCAUAUCCUUCGCCGUAUCUUCUAUGAAAAAUAGCUUUAAUUUACAAUCAAAUCAAAUUUUGAGCAACUGUUUCUCUUGUAUGGUAACCGAGGUUUACCAGCAAUGAUCUAAAAUGGGCAUAAAUGCAAUACUAGCUCGUACUGUGUUACUGAUGUAUACAACCAUAAUAGACUAUCGUUUCUUUUUCGUCAUCAUCAGUUAAGACUAUGUAGAAAUAUAACAUUUAUUUUAGUCUAAUAAAGGAGAUUAAGUACGUUAAGUUGACGAAGAAAAAGUUCAGCUUCCAAGUAUCUAACUAGCAAAAGUCUGUAAAAAUAUUUUAACUUCCCUCUGCUAGAAACGCAACCAACUAAUAUUUAUUUCACUUUGCUUAUGAGAAGAGUUGAGAAAAUGAAAUCUAGUGAAGGCGCAGCGAUGAAAACAAUACAAAACAAACAGCACAACAAGACAGUCAAAACCCACUACCUGUUAAGUCGAGCGACAAUUUUAGCGUUCCUUAUCGUGAUUAGGUAAAAAAAAGUGAUAGGAAAAGAAACCGUUAAUUCAUCAGGCGUGUCCCAAUCAACCGGGACCGCCCCUCAUUCAUGCCAAAUUUCCUAAGGAACCCUUGAAUAUUGACUACCUUUACAAUCAUCAUGGAGCGCGAGGAGCAGAUCGAGAGAGAAAAUUCACUUCAGUGCGCCGCAAGCAAAACUAAACCACACUGUUGUUAUUAUUAGACGUUCGUAACAAUUGUAUGUUGAGCAAACUAAAAAAAAGUAUUAUAUCAAAACACUUGUUCAAUAACCUGUACCGCCAUUCGAGAGCCAACCAAGGUCGGUACUAAUAUGUACCUAAGUUUUGUUUUAUUGAUCGAAUUGGUCCUCCGUAAGGAAAAAAAAAAGUUUCAAAUUAGUACCUUUAUUCUCCGCUUCCCGAACCGCGGAAGUGAGACACUGCACUGAAAUGGAGGAAACGAACCAGCAAGAACUAUAACUGUAUCGGCCUCGGGCGGUAUCUGUAGGACAAAUAUGCAACAUACAUACAUACAAACACCUGCACGUAAUGUAGCUGUUAUUUUAAAAGAAUGCAAUUCGUUCGUUCUCAGAUUAUUGAAAAAUUGGUGAUGAUUGCAAAAGAAAAAAAAACACAUACACACUAGAGAUGAAUUGUAUUUGUACAUACUACAGCUAUACAUUCAUUCGAUCAUUAUUAUAUCGAAGAAAAGAAAAAUAUUUAUAACUGAAAAUAAAUCAGAAA